AUGAGUCCAGAACGGGAAUGUCACGAUAACGAGGAUGUCAUGGAAUCGAUUGAUGAGUUGAAAGAGCGGUUGUCUUCAAUGAAAAGGAUGAUGGAAGAGAGGAAGGCGGCUGGUUCGGGGACAAAAGACCUUUUCCAGGGUCAAGCGAGGAGUCUCCACGGUACUACGAUGAUAGACGGAAACUUCCUCAGCUUCGUAUUCGGCGGUUCCCUGGCCAUUAUAUUAAGUGUAUCCGUGUAUGCCUUUUAUAACCUUUACCACGCCGUUCUAAAGAAAUUUCCAUCGACACACACGGAAUUGUAA